CGAGGACAAUUUGCAGCUUUCCCAUUCUCUGAUCCAUGACAGCAAAAGAUGCCAUCCUAUCUUGUUGACCAUCUCAGUCAUACUCAAUUCGCCUCUGCGCUCAUAUCUACCUCAACCCCAGCUAGGUGAAAACAUGUCGAAUCAAACCAUUGCAGACACGGACACGCCAGAUCCAUGGAUGGUCGCCGCGCACAACCGCUUCUACCUGACCUUUACCUGCGGAGACCGUGUCGAGAUAUGGAUGUCGCACAACAUGGAGGACUUUAGGAAUUGUAAGAAGAUCAUCGCCUGGAAACCGCCGCCCGCAACUCCCUGGGUGGUCGACAUCUGGGCCCCCGAACUACACUACCUGAAUGGAAGAUGGUACAUCUACUUCUGCGGGGCGCAUCCGGAGGUUGGGAACCCUUCACAUCGGACGCUUUUGCUGCGCAGCCAGAGCCAAGAUCCCAUGGAGGCGGGAGCUUGGGAGUUUCUCGGACAGAUGGAGGGACUGCCUAACCACUGGAACAUCGAUGCGACCGUCUUCUUCCUGCAGCGCACUCAGAAGCUGUAUUGCUGUUACUCAGGGUGGCCGCUGGGCGAUGACUCGGACCGGCAGCAAGAUCUGUUCUUGAUCGAGCUGGAGACGCCCGAGGUCGCGCGGCCUGAGACGCUCACAUGCAUAUCCAGGGCGGAACUGCCUUGGGAAAGGGCCGAUGGAGGGACACACGGCGUCAACGAAGGUCCGACGUUCGUGAGCAUCCCGGGCUAUGAGGGAAUCAUCUACAGUGCCAACGGGAGCUGGACCAGCGACUACAGGUUGGGCGUGUUACAGCUGGUCGGCGAUGAUCCGCUGAAGGAGUCGUCAUGGAGGAAACGCCCAACGCCGCUGCUAGUCAGUGACGGAGAAAAAGGAGGACCUUUUGGGCCGGGACACGCGAGUUUCAUCCCUUCUCCGUAUGGGGAUGGGAGAGUGUAUUGCAUCUACCACGCCACGGAGCACGAGGGCCAGGGAUGGAAUAACCGCAAAGCCCGAGUCCUGAGUUUUGGUCCAGAGCACUUUCAUCCUCAGGCCCAAUCCAUGUGCUGUGCGUUGUCCGUCUCGGGGCAGUGGAGCGGUGGUGUCUCGGUAUCGAACUCGGGGGGGAUGACAGGAAACAUGUCCCAGCCGGGAGCGCAUGCACAGCGAGGCGACGAGCAUAGAGCAAGUCUGAUCAACAAGCUUGGGGGCAAGAUCUUGAGGAAGUUGAGGGAGUAUACAUAGCCACAAAGCAGGAUCGAGGACCUGCUCGCCUCAAUCACCUGUACCGUGCAAGCCCAACGCUGUAUGGAUGGAGGACGCACGGGGAAAUUCCGC